UGUUUGGUUACAUCAUCUGUGGAGUCCUCCUGGGUCCCUCUGGACUCAACAGCAUCAAGUCUAUGGUUCAGGUUGAGACGUUGGGAGAAUUGGGAGUGUUCUUCACUCUCUUUGUGGUCGGUCUGGAGUUCUCCCCAGAGCGACUUCGGAAGGUGUGGAAGACCUCUGUGCAGGGUUCAUGUUACCUCAGUCUGUUGAUGGUAGCUACAGGGCUGCUGUGGGGUCAGGUGCUGCAUGUCCGUCCCACCCAGACUGUCUUCAUCUCCUCCUGUCUCUCUCUAUCCUCCACACCACUGGUCUCACGCUUCCUGGCUGGGGGCGCCCGCCCAGACAAGGACGGGGAGCUGGACUACAGCAGUGUUCUCCUGGGGAUGUUGGUGAUGCAGGAUGUUCAGCUGGGGCUGUUCAUAGCCGUCAUGCCCACCCUCAUACAGGUGUCAUCUGGCCACCUGGACAGUGUUCUGUUUGGGGGUCUGCGCGUCCUCCUGCUCCUGUCCCAAGUCCUGUUCUCUCUGGCUGUGGUACUACUGCUGUGUGUUCUCCUCAAGUCCUUCCUGAUUGGUCCAUACUACAGGAAGCUCCAUGCUGAGUCUAAAGGCAGCAAGGAGAUCCUGGUUCUGGGGACCGCUGCCUUCGUAUUCCUCAUGCUCACCGUGACGGAGUUCUUGGACAUUUCCAUGGAGCUGGGCUGCUUCCUGGCUGGAGCGCUUCUCUCCUCGCAGGGUCAGAUUUGCACCACGGAGGUCAUGGGCUGCAUCGAGCCAAUCAGAGACUUCCUCGCCAUCAUCUUCUUCGCCUCCAUUGGUUUCCAUGUCUUUCCUACCUUUGUCCUGUACGAACUGACAGUCCUGGUGGUGCUGACUCUCUCACUGGUCAUCAUGAAGUUCCUGAUGGCGGUGUUGGUGCUGUCGGCCAUCUUGCCUGAGGGUUCUCGCCACAUCCGUUGGAUAGUGUCUGCCGGCCUGGCGCAGGUCAGCGAGUUCUCCUUCGUCUUGGGGAGCCGCGCCCGCCGAGCUGGCAUCAUCUCCAGAGAGGUGUACCUGCUGGUUCUCAGUGUCACCACUCUGAGUCUUCUGCUGGCUCCGGUGUUGUGGAGAGCCGCCACACACAAGUGGGUCCCUCGAGCCGAACGCAAGACGCUCGCCCGCCCGCCCCCGCUGCUGCCACACCCAGCAGACUGAAACCCAUAGGGGCCCUGCAAAAGGGCCAAAGGAUCAAAGGUCAUUCUCCCUCUUUCCAUGGAGAAAAUAGUAAUGACCCAUUAUCUUUGGGUCAUUGGUUGCAUCCAAAAUGGCACCCUGUUCCCUACAUAGAGCCCUGAUCUAAAGUAGUGCACUAUAUAACGAAUAGGGUGCCAUUUGAGAUGCGAUCAUUGUAGAAUGGUUUACAUGUACUCAUUGUUGUCUUGACUGUCAUUCCUCCACUCACGUCCUACAGUAGUUAUGGAGGGAUCCCUGAUGAGAAUACCAUUUUGGUUUGUGACGUCACAUUGUUGGUGAUGACAUAUUCCCUUCAAGGGAAUAUUAUUAGUCUGGGGUUGCAUAAAGAUCAGUUUCCAGACAUAGGCCAAGGUUAACAGUUCAACUUUCCAUUUAGUAUGUCUGAAUGUCAAGCUGAUACUGUAAAGUCUCAGUGUUCUAACCAAACACGGACAUAUAGAAACUGUAUGUAUGGGUUGUUUAUGUCAGGGCUUUACAUGUAUGUAUGCGUUAUUGCACUCCUAUGGCAUCUAAUGCUCUAAAAUGUUUAUUUUUCUUAUGUUUCAGUGACUGUUUUAUAUGAUAAUGGCUCGAUGAUCUUAUUCUGUUUGUAUGGUGUACUGUACUGUACUGUAGCCUGCCUGGAGGAAAACUACUACAACUAGAAGACUUCCUGCUAAUACAUCAUGCAAGGGAGAAAUAAAGAUAUUGUAUUUAUUAGGCCAGUUAUAGUUAGAUUAUGUAUAAACGUUACAAUGGAAAUAAGGGGGUCAUUCCAAGAACAAUAAAUUCCCAUUUUACAUUGUGUUAGGUUGGAGUUUGUUUAAUAUUCAACAAAAUACAAAAUGUUGUAAUUAUAUAAUUCAAAAAUGUUGGAAUAUGCACUUAUUUAUUAAAAGAUUGGUUUAUGGG